AUGAUUCUUUCGAAAAGUACUGUGUGGUUUUUGGGUGUUCUUUUAUUGAUAUCGAUUUUUAUGGCAAGUUUAUUAAAUAUGAUUGCUACGGAUCAUAAUUUUUAUAUUGAAAACGAAAACGAGGGAAAAAACUUUACCAAGUAUUUAGUUGAAAAAUAUGGGAAAAUUGAUGAUACAUCGGAGAAAGUAGUUUGGUUUCUUCAGAUUUCAGAUAUACAUAUUAGUAUAUUUCGGGAUCCUGGAAGAAUAUCACAAUUUCAACAAUUCUGUGAUAACACAGUCAAGAAAAUAAAGCCUGCAAUAGUUUUGGCAACGGGUGACCUAACUGAUGCUAAGGCCAAAGAUAACUUAGGUAGUUCCCAAGUGAAGACAGAGUGGAUAUAUUAUCAUAAUAUUGUACGAGAGUCAGGAGUCACUGAUACAACUGCCUGGUUAGACAUAAGAGGAAAUCAUGAUAACUUUAACAUCAGAACAAUACAUUCUCAAGAAAAUUACUUCAGGAAUUAUUCAGUACAAGGGCGUAAACAUGCUAAGUCUUAUAUUCAUUAUGUACAAUCAAACGGUGUCAAUGUUGCAUUUUUGGGUGUUGAUGCAUGUCCAGACCCUGGUCUAGAAGACCAUUUAAUUUUAUUGGCAUAUUAGAUGCAGGAGAACAACAACUUCUGCAGAAGCUUAAAGUAGAGGCAGAAAGUAAAGCUGACCAUAUUGUUUGGUUUGGACACUACCCCACGUCAUGCAUACUGUCUCUUGAAAAUGAACCCUCGAAAGUAAAUAUACGCCAACUUAUUGGUUCAAGUCGAGGUUCACAUGUUUAUGUUUGUGGACAUUUACAUUCCAUGGGUGGAUUAGUUACAAAAAUGUACACAAAACAAAAGAAAGGCUACUUAGAGCUGGAGCUAGGAGACUGGAAAGAUAACAGAAUGUACAGACUGGCAGCUAUAGACCAUGGUCAUUUCUCAUUUGUUGAUCAAAAACAUAAUGUCUGGCCACUUGUGCUGGUCACAAAUCCAAAACAUGCCAGAUAUAUCAUGCAUGGUCGGGAACCUUUGCAAUUAAUUCCAGACUCAAGUCACAUAAGAAUUCUUGCAUUUAGUGAUGUAGAUGUUAAAAAUGUAGAUAUAUCCUUUGACCAAAUAAGUUGGAUGACAUGCAGGCACACCAAAGGGCCACUCUAUGUUUGUCAUUGGCUACCUCACUUGUUUAAGAAAGGUGUUCACUAUUUGUAUGUCAAAGUUUAUGAUGAGCUAGGAAGAGAAGCCUUUGUUGAACAUCCCUUCACAUUGGAUGGAAGUGUAAUGAGUUUUGAGAUAACAGCCAGAAUUUUGCUCAUGUUAGAUGCCGGAGUAGUGUUUCAGGCAAUAUUUGGAACACUUCUAAUGAUUAAUGUUAUGCCAUUAGUCGUUUUUAGACUAUGCAAAAGACCCCCAAGGCUUCGUGUGAAAUAUGGUCGACAGAUGAUAAGGAGACUCUGGCUAUUGAGUAAAAUAGACCGGGUGUUUUAUCCUAUUGUGUUGUAUGCAGCAUAUCUUCCUUUUGGUCCAUGGGCCAUUGGAGAGCUUAUAGAUGGCCAUGUCGGAGCAAUUUUUGCUUGGGGUAUACUAAUAAAGGGGUCAUUCAUUCCAGAGCCAUUUACCUACAUGUAUGGAAGUGUGCAACUAAUGUUUGUACAAGUACCUCUAGUGUUUGUAUUGGCACACUGCUUGGACUAUCGUCUAUAUGGCUAUAGUGCCAGAGGAGUGAGGAGAUUGAUAUUGAAUCUGCCAUUUGUGUUCUUACUAUCAAUACAGCUCCUAUUGGCAUACUUCUUUUGGUUGGAAUAUGGAACUAUGUCUUUCAUGUUUGGACCACUGAGAACGUGGAGUAUUGCUUUAAGUUUAUUAUUGUGGUAUAAGACAUUGAACUUACCGCCAGAGUAUUGUAGACACCUGUUAAAGCUGACUGAAACUCCAUCAUAG